AGAAAACCUAAUAUCCCAAAGCCAAGUCAAAGCCAACGCCUUUCGAAUAGAAUCCCAUCAAAUUUCUCAUCAACCAAACAGAAAUCUCAUCCCCCUACAACCCCACUUCUCUUUCCAAAUUAGAUAGAAAGAAGGUGAGGGAUUAACAUAGAUAGAGGUAGAAAGAGAGUUCUUCUUUGAUCUAGCGAAGGAUGUCUGCGGCAGUGUGCGGGAGCAAGAGAUCGUUCUUCGAGGAUAACCCGUCAUCGCCAUCGGCUUCUGUCUCUAAGAAGCUCCGGCGCUGCUCGCCUUCAUCUCCUUCUUCUGUUCGUUUUGCUCCGCCGCCUUCUCUCCUUGAUCACCUCCAAGCUCUCUUCCCUCAUAUGGACCCCGAGCUUCUGGAGAGAGUACUACUUGAAUGUGGCAACAAUAUAGACACUACUAUCAAGAGGCUUCAAGAACUUCACUUAGGAGCUGCAGAUGCUACAGGGGAAAAGAUGGGUCCUGUUGAGGAACUGGGUACAACUGCUGAGCAGGGUACAGUAACCAACAAUGGAGAAGCUGCUGAUACUACUGCUCAGAUUCCAUCGGCCCCUGAAACUCUGCCUGUUGAUGGUGCAGAAUGGGUGGACUUGUUUGUGGGGGAGAUGAUGGGUGCUUCAAGUGUGGAUGAUGCCAAAGCCCGUGCCUCUAAAUUGCUGGAGGUUCUGGAGAAGUCCAUUAGUGAACAUGUUGCUAAGGAGGCAGCACAAAGUUUUCAUAAGGAGAAUAUGAUGUUGAAGGAACAGAUUCAAGUGUUGAUUCAAGAAAACACGGUUCUAAAACGUGCAGUGGCUAUCCAUCAUGAACGCCAAAAGGAGUACCAGGACAAAAACAAUGAGUUGGAGCAUUUGAAGCAGCUGGUUUCUCAGUAUCAGGAGCAGUUGCGAACUCUAGAGGUAAAUAACUAUGCCUUAACGAUGCAUUUGAGGCAGGCACAGCAAAGCAAUUCCAUCCCAGGGCGUUUUCACCCAGAUAUUUUCUAGAAGUAAAGAUGCAACCAAGUUAACAUGGAAGCAUAGCGAUGGAAUGUUUAGUUUUAUGAUCAUAGAAUUACUUGGCAAUAGUGAUAUACUGACAAUGUUUUUUAAUCUGUUUGCCUAAGUUUCUUAUGUACAGAAAUAUAAUGUGUUCAACAAUUAUCAGAUUUAUAUUUCUAUUUCAAAUUGAAUCUAUUUUAAUUCUACCA